CUAUUACAUAUGCUGUUUUGAUUUAACGCCUCCCCGGUGUCUAUAAUGUGUAACGUAAAUCUCUAAAUCUGGGUGUAUACAACUUCUAUCAGACCGGUAUGUAGGUAUAUGUGUGCAGGGGAACCCAAAAGCUCAGACUUGCCUUUUUGAAAGCUUCAUCGCCCGACCUCUCGUGGCCACAGCACCUCCUCAGGACCACCAUCAUCCAGAACAGAUACUACAGACAACCACAUAUGCAAUCAUCCCACUGACCGACUCAUCGCUCCGUGCCUCCAACCUCGUGUAUACGAAGAACCAGUCCCUUCUAUCAUCGCCGGGUCCUCUCGCUCCGAAUGAAUCGGUGCAGAGAGGGGGAGAUGAUAGAGGGCGGUUUGCAAUCGCAUGUGAGGUGGAUUGAAUGCCAAUUCGGGGAUGAUGGGCUUGUAACGUGGGAUGUACAUUGGCUAGAACAUAAUGGAUGAUGGGGAAGAGAAGGCCUGCGGUAGGAGAGGAAGGAUCUCAGAAGUAUCUGAUUCCAUGUUUUGUCAUCAUAGCUGGUGGGUUGUUAUAGGUCAUGGGUAAGAGGUGAAACAAGCCCCCUGAUGAUAGAAAAGAGGGAAAGGGAAGUGAAGAAGAGUCCAUCGGACGUGAUUGAUUCAGCUGAGAGCAUCCGUCCCUUUAACUUUACUCUUCUCCAUUUUGGCGGUCCUGGACCCAAACUGGAUCGCGCGUUUCUUUUCGCGAGCUACCUGCUUCAUUCCCAGCAUGAGCGCCACCAGACGAAGCGCCUUCUUCUCCGAGUCAAGCCCGGAUUCUAGCGAUGUGUCCUCUGCGCUUUCUUUUACCGAGCCAGGAACCCCGAAUCCGCACUUCUCCCAGACAGGAGCUUGCGACACGUACGCCACGAAUUCCUCGUCCAAGAAUGGGAAUCGUGCUUCGCGGCCCCAGUGGGCAAUAACACGGUUGUCACGGCCGAGAUUUCGCUUACCUAGACGACUCACAUCCAGGUGGAUCUCCUCAAUGAGUCCUUCAAACCCAUUUCGCGCAAACGCCAUCCCGUGCCGUGCAUAUCCCGCAAAAAGCUCGUCGGCUCCAAGACCAGAGAGUAGCACACGCGCGGGCGUCGUAUACGGGACGGGUUCGGAGUGGGUUGGUCGACUGUCAACUGCUAAUCCUUGUCCACGCGACGCGAAAUACAACGCACAUGCAAUAGACAAAUCCAUCUCUGUGUUGUGAGGCCUCAUCAGCCGUUUCACUGUGUCACGAUGUGCAACCGUCUCCACGUAGGGAAUGUCAAUCGCCACAAACCGCCAGUUGCGAUCGGGACAGAUCUCUUGUAGCUCUGCAAACGCUCCUCGGCCGGUGAUGCGGUCGGGGCAAUUUUCGUACACCGAGACUGCCUUUGCUUCUUUGCCGGCAGCGGCAGCGACCCGGGGGUUCUCGAAUGCAACGUUCAGUAAAUCAAUGGUCUCAUCGUGUGGUAGGAGCUCAUUUGCAAUUCUAGCAAGCAGAGUGCAGUCGAGACCUCCGGAAAACAGAACAGCAACUUUAACAUUGUUUUCUGCCGUAGCUCCAGGAGGCGCUCUGACAUUCUGGAUUCUUAAAGCGAGAGAUUGGCGGAGCUUCUGUUCAAGAUUGCUGACAGAAGGAGACUCAACACUUAGCUGAGGGGGAACCCCAUCUGGGGUAGACAUAUUCAUGGGGGGGAUUGGGUUCCUCUGUUGUCAUGUGAGCAUGUUAAGAAAAGCCAGGCGUUGUUGAACUUAUUACCAGAUGAUGCCCCGUGGACGAGUCGCUAUUGUCCCAGGGUAUUGUUUGAAUGCUUUCAGCUUUGAAAGUAACAUUAGUGCCGGUGCUGGCUUCAGGGACACAUUGGAAAACAUUUUGGGUCAAAUCAAUCAUAUGCAUUCCGUCCGUGAGAACUUCCUCGAAAUGAGUUGUGGACGUCCCAUCGCAAAGACUGCAAAUCUUGAGAGAGCCUGUCUUGUCACAGCCCUGGAGCAAAGAGCGUCUUCCCAGGCAGUCUCUGCUGAAGAAUAGCCUAGAGUUGACUGCAUCAUAGAAUACAAAAGCAAAAGGCCCUGAAAUACUACCGAGGACAUCUGCAACAUUCUGCACGGUAUCACUCGGCGUGGUCGCCUCGGUAGAAGGUUGUGUAGCCUCCAGUAAGAGAUUGAAAAUUACCUCCGUAUCAUUGCCCUGGAUUGGAUUGCCUGCAAUCUUCCAGGCGUCCCCAUUCCAGCAAAGCACGGACUGGGUGGCGGUGUCGAUGAGAGGCUGGGACACGACAUGGUCGCCUCUCAUGGACAGAACGGUGGAGACGAACGUGAGGCAGAGAGAGACCCUUGCAUCGGCCUGAUCGGCGUGCGCAUCAUACUGGAAUGUGUGGGCUUGAAAGCUGUCCGGACCUCGGUUGCGCAAUAAACAACAAGUCUCCUCAUUGGGGGAUACCGAUCCAGCUUGACUCAAGGAGAAGAAGAUCCCACACAUGAUCCCCAGCCCUUCGGUUGCCGAAUAUGACCAGUUGGGGACAAAUGCGACGCGACAGAAGGAAGAAACAGAAAGAGGGAGACAGAGGGGGGGGAGACGGAGAUGGAGACGGAUGUCGGCAGAACGAUGAUCCCGGUAAGGCUGUCAUACUCGCUCUUCCCUCCACCUCCGGAGGAAUAUUAUCGCUCAACACCACCUGUUCCCUACUUCCUGGCUGAAUCGCAUUUAUUGUUUCGCCAGAGACGCUCGUUGCAAAGCUUGUGACGGUUUAACAUCUAUCCUUUCCGCUGGAUGGUUCCUCUCACCAUGCUCCGUGUUCUCAACUGAAUUAGCCUUUCGUCCAGCGUAUCCUUGUGUUUUCUUUCAUAAUUCGAUCUUGGUGACGUGCAUGCGGGGAUAGCUUAUGUCUGCGACAGGAACAUCGGAUACCCCAGCUUCCGGUGGUCAAGGGGACAUUCAACCGACUCCUUAUAAUGAGGGAAAUCAACCGACUCCGCAGGUGACCUCGAACGGCAUCGAAUCGACGGCCCAGUCGCAGAACAGCCCGCCAGAAACGCCCAAAGGCCAUCAGGAUAUACAGGAAGGCAGUAUGGAGACACAAACACAUGAUGGAUCACAGGAAACCGUUACAGAACCCCGUGGUGGGGGACCGGCACCUGCCGAUGUCGAUCCUACAGACUCAACAUCCAACCCAGAGCCACUUUCGGGGAGGAUGAAGGGACUCUCCAUAUCCACCGAUACAUCGUCCCGGGCCUCGUCAUCCGGGACCGACAAGCCCCCUCCGCCACCGGAGAAAGAUGACGCCUACCGUGCACCCAAACCUCAGUCUACGCUGCCUCCCCCGUCGCCAACAAAGCUACCCUCUGAGUUGACGGAGAAAGAACUGCCGGAUGUCCCGGGAGGACAAGAGCAGGCGGAGAAGGCUAUCAAGAAUGAAGUAGGUUCACGAGAGGACGACUCCCAGCCGGAGAUCCAAAACAUCAUGGGACAGUUUCAAGACUCCGCGGACGGCGGAGAUCAGGAACAGAUAAUGUCGCCUCGGUUGGAACUAGCCGAGCAGUUCCUGAGCGGACAAAGCUACUUUCCUCAGCGACAGUCAAGUUUGGAUCAAGCGGUAGCAGCUGGCGAGGGUACUACUGCACAAAGCCCCAGACCUACGGCUGAGACUGCUUCGCACGAGAAACCGCCCGCGCCGGUUCCUAGAAACCUGCACAGGACCUCAAUUAUGGAGCAAACGGUAUCGUCUCGACGCUCAUCCACUUCGACUAUUCCUCCACCACCUGAACCCGAGCCCGACCAACCGUUCGACUUCCAUAGAUUCUUGGAGCAGCUGCGACAUCGUACGGCGGACCCGGUGGCCAAGUUUCUUCGCUCGUUUCUCCAUGAGUUUGGGAAAAGGCAGUGGAUGGUUCACGAGCAGGUCAAGAUUAUCAGCGACUUUCUGGCAUUCAUCACGAAUAAGAUGGCCAUGUGUGAUGUCUGGCGUGAUGUGUCGGACAGUGAGUUCGACAACGCCAAGGAAGGAAUGGAGAAGCUCGUGAUGAACCGACUUUAUUUCCAGACAUUUUCCCCGACUAUACCUGCGCCGCCAUCUAUUCCCAGGAGUGCGAGUAGAAGCAAGCGAAGAGAGCUGGAGCGGCUUCACGGGCCAUGGCGCCGUGGUCAGCACCAGGAAGACAUCGAGCGGGAUGAAGUGUUGGCUCAAAAGAUGCGGAUCUACCGUUGGGUGAAGGAAGAGCAUCUUGACAUAGCCCCUGUGGGCAAUCAGGGCGCUCGGUUCUUGAACCUUGCUCAACAAGAACUUUCCAAGAUCAAUGGCUACCGCGCGCCUCGGGACAAGGUUAUCUGCAUUCUAAAUUGCUGCAAGGUUAUCUUCGGUCUCCUCAAAAAUACGAAAAAGGCCGACACAUCCGCCGAUUCCUUCAUACCUCUCUUGAUCUACGUUGUGCUACAGGCUAACCCUGAGCAUCUGGUUUCUAAUAUCCAAUAUAUCCUUCGCUUCCGGAACCAGGAUAAGCUUUCGGGAGAGGCCGGAUAUUAUCUGUCCUCACUGUCUGGGGCCAUUCAAUUCAUCGAAACGCUGGAUCGGACCAGCUUGACGGUUAGUGACGAAGACUUCGAGCGCAACGUCGAAGCGGCCGUGUCCGCCAUUGCCGAGCAGAAUCGCAAAACAGAAUCCGUCGAUCAGAAGAGCUCCGAACGACCAGCCGAGGGUUCGCAGUCGGCAUCGGCGCGAACUUCGACAGACACCCAACGAGGACGACGGGAGGCGGCACAGUCUAGCGACGAGGAUACAGCACCGGUGGCCGGAAUCUUGCGCACGAUUCAGAAACCGCUGUCGACCAUUGGGAGGAUCUUCUCCGACGAGCCCGACUCGCCGGUGGAACCACCAACGCAACCCGCGACCACUCCGCAACCGGGAGCGAGGCUGAACCCAAAUGUGUAUCAGCCUCCGCGUAGCAGCGGCGAAGAACGACGUUCAAGCGAGCGACGAUCGAGUGAGCGACCGCGCCGGGUCAUGGACGCUCAAGAUGCCGCCGCCCGACAGGCCAGCGCCGAGGACGCGGAAGCGCGGAGAAUUCAACGGGCGGAGCAUACCAACGUAGUGGAGACCUUGUCCAAUAUGUUUCCGAAUCUUGAUCGCGACGUGAUCGAUGACGUUGUCAAGAUCAAGGAGGGUCGGUGAGUUUGUCGCCUUAAUCGACCGUGACGUGAACCAUUACUAACAAUAAUGUAUACAGGGUUGGGUUAGCAGUGGACGCAUGUCUUGCUCUGAGCGCCGAGUAGAUCUCGGCGAUUGAUGAUUUCGGUGACUAGGAUGAGAUGCGAAGUCUGGGACGUUGCAUUAAUGGUAGUCGUAUGGUUAGCUUAGUUGGGAUGCGUCGUGGGCGCAGUAACAUAUAUUGGAGAGCUCCGCGGUGGAGCGAAAUAGUUAAUAGAAUAUGUCAAUAUGGCAAG